UGGAUCAAUAAAUAUGUUACUGCCAAAAUGGCUUUCUUAUUUGUCAGUUUUUCUUUUACUGUAUUUUUAUCAUCAAUUAGUCAUACUUAAAGAGGGUGGAGGUUACAUGUACUAAUUAUUAAUUAACUCAACAGUUACUAUCUAUUUAUGCAUUGUUUGCUUUACAGCCUCAGGCUAAUUUUACAGUGAUGAAAAGCCAUAACCUUAUGAAUCUUCUUUUCAAAUAGAAAAGAGGAAGAAGAAAUAAACACAAUGAAGAUAAAGUUUUACAUCAAGUUACCAGAGGCAUGUCUCAUAGCUGUUGUCCUGUCAAGCUUCCUGGUGGGAUUCCAUAUUGGUUCGUCCCUUCAAAGAGCAAAAAAGGUUGAUGUCUUGAAAGUUAUAGCCUUAUCAGAACUCAACUCAACAUGUUCGCCAGAAGAUUUCAGAGCAGAUAACAUCUCUAAAAUAUUCGUGGCAACAAAUCCCCGUGGUGCAGAAAGGUUGCCACCAGGCAUUAUCCAGACUUAUUCCAGUUUCAAUAUCAAUGGUGAAAAUGUGCCUAAAUACUUGCUCACGAUAACGGUUGGCAUAGAACAGAAAGAAUUGGUUAACAAGAUUGUCUCUAAGUUUUCAGAGGAAUUUGCAAUAGUGUUGUUCCAUUAUGAUGGGAGGGCAAGCGAAUGGGACGAGGAGUUCGAAUGGUCAAAACGCGCCGUUCAUGUCACUGCCAAGAAACAAACCAAAUGGUGGUAUGCAAAACGCUUUCUACACCCUAACAUUGUAGCCCAGUAUGAGUACAUCUUCAUAUGGGAUGAAGAUCUAGGCGUGGAACACUUCAAUGCUGAUGAGUACAUUAAGCUUGUCAAAAAAUACGGAUUAGAGAUCUCGCAGCCCGGGAUUGUAUCCCGAAAAGGCUUGACAUGGCAAAUGACUAUGAAGCAACAUGAUAUUGAAGUGCAUAGGAGGGUGAACGAAACACAUAGUGGACAGUGUCCUUACCCAGACUUACCUCCCUGUGCAGGGUUUGUGGAGAUCAUGGCACCUGUGUUCUCCAUAGAAUCAUGGCGAUGCGCUUGGAACUUGAUUCAGAAUGAUUUGGUACACGGCUGGGGUCUGGAUUUUGCAUUGUGGAGAUGUGUGGAAAAGGCACAUGAGAAGAUUGGAGUUGUGGAUGCUCAAUGGAUUGAGCAUUUGGUACUGCCCUCACUUGGAAGCCAGGGAGAGUCCAUCGAUGGAAAGCAACCAUGGGAAGGGGUACGGGCAAGGUGCUUCAAGGAAUGGAAAGAAUUUGAAAUCAGAAUGAAGCAAGCAGAAAAGGACCAAUCGAAAUGGAGCUCACAUUAACAAUCUCAUUUCUGUGUCACAUACCACUGGUGAGUGGUGAGAAUGCAGAGAUAGGCUAGUAAGCUUCAACAUGGUUUUUUUCCAGAUAGUCAUGCCUGCCAGUUUGUUACCUCAGCCAAAAAAACAGUACCCAAUGUGGUUCGAGUCCUGGUUUUGGAUAGGCCAUGACCAUAAACGAGACCCAUCAAAUGUUGGUCCAGCUCCAUUUCCUAUACAUUAGGAUGUGGAGCAGACAGUUCGAGUCCUGGUUUUGGAACCGAAUGGUGUUAUCCCUAUUUUUUUCAAAAUCCCCUCCAAAACAGUUGGGAGCUGGACUGAAAUCAGGAAUCGAGACCGGUUCAAGGUAAGGUUCCACCAACUGAGUGGAACCAAAACCUGACAUAAGCUAAGCAUC